AUGCAUGAAACUAAACUUCAAGUAAAAGAUAUCGACGUGAGUUUGUUUGUCAAAUACCCAAAACUUAAUUCUGAUGAGGCAAAAGAAAAAGUAUUUCUAAAUGGCCACGGGAGAUUUUUACCAGUUUUGACACAAAAACAGAAAAUUGAAACGUUAUUUAUUUAUAAGGUAGCAGCUGACGUUUUAAACAAAGCAAAGAUACAAUUUUUCCUUCUCGACGGGAACCUUCUUGGUCUGAUGCGACAUCAGGGUUUCGUCCCCUGGGAUGAUGAUAUCGACAUAGGACUAAGCGUGCGGGACUGGGAACAGGCCAAAAACAUUCUCUCAUGUAUCGUGGGGUUUACUUUAAUCCCAGCCAACAGCUUUCACUGGAAGCUCUACCACACCGACCACAGCUUCCCGUUCCUCGACAUCUUCUUCUACGACCACGACGACAGCUACGUCUGGGCGAUGACGUACUACUCGCGCAUCACCGUCAUCUACCCUACACACCUGGUCUUCCCGUUGACCUACGCUAAUCUAGACGGCGUCAAGGUACCCAUACCACGUGAUAGCUUAGCCAUCGUCAAAAGGAUUUUUAAUUACAAUGUAUGUCAAGCCUACAGGAGCCAUGUGAAGAAUAUAUCUGAGAAUACUCAACAACAUUCAGAUAGGAACCGGGAAUGGAGAGUCCCGUGUAGUGAGCUGCAAUAUAUGUUUGACAUGUAUCAUUUAGAUGAUAAUAUAUAA